AUGGAUGACGUCGACGUGUCGCGAAUCAUGCACGAGGAGGCGAGGAUUGAAAUUGCUCCUCCCAUGCACCCCGGAGCAGCUCCUCUUUUCCCUCCCAUCUACCACCAGGAACAGCUCAGACAGCUGGAGCAGCUCUACUUCUUCAGCAGGCGAGCAGCGUACUGUUUCAUCCGUCCCUUUCACGAGUCCCAGUCCCAUGGGCAGGUGAAUCUGCGGUCGAAGGGCGAGGUCGUGUUCGAAGCCGCCUCGAACUACCUUAAGACAACCAUUGACGGGAUGGACACGGGAUGA